AUGGACGACAAGAGAGAAUGCGUAAAGGUCGUCAUACGAUGUCGGCCGUUGAGUGGGCAGGAGAAGAUUGACAACAGAGAAAAGAUUGUAGAUAUGGCCGUCAAAGAUGGAGCCGUGAGCGUCCGAAGACCUGGCACGCAAGACAGCAAGAACUUCACUUUCGAUGCCGUUUAUGACGAGCACACCAUACAAAAUGAUUUUUAUGAGCACACCGGCUAUGCCAUUGUGGAGAGUGUCAUGGAUGGUUACAAUGGUACCAUUUUUGCGUAUGGGCAAACUGGCACUGGCAAGACCCACACGAUGGUUGGCAAACCCGACCCGGAAGAGAUGAACGGUGUCAUUCCCAGGACUUUUGCGCACAUUUUCCGGAACGUGGACUGCGGCCAGAACAAGAAAUUCCUUGUCCGUGCCUCCUACCUGGAAAUCUAUAAUGAAGAGAUCCGGGACUUGCUCUCCAAAAAUCCAAAGCAGAAGCUUGAGUUGAAAGAUCACCCAGAAGGAGGCGUGUUUGUGAAGGACUUGACGAACAUGAUCGUGAAGGGCGCACCAGACCUCCAGCAGGUCAUGGAGGUCGGGCAAAAAAAUCGAAGCGUCGCCAGCACGCUAAUGAACAACGAGUCCAGCAGGUCGCACUCCAUUUUCACAAUCACAGUCGAGAUCCUGGAGAAAGGAAUGGAUGGGCAAGAUCAUAUCCGUGUGGGCAAGAUGAACAUGGUCGACUUGGCGGGUUCUGAGCGGCAAAGUAAGACUGGAGCCACGGGGGAGACGCUCAAGGAAGCAACCAAGAUCAACAUGUCGCUCAGCGCCCUGGGGAACGUGAUCUCUGCCCUGAUCGAUUCAAAGACGUCAUUUGUCCCAUACCGAGACUCCAAGCUGACCCGCUUGCUUCAGGACUCCCUUGGCGGCAACACUAAGACGGUCAUGUGUGCUUGUAUUGGUCCUGUGGAUUACAACUACGACGAGACAUUGAGCACGCUCCGCUAUGCCUCGAGAGCCAAGAGCAUCAAGAACAAGCCAAGGAUCAAUGAAGAUCCCAAGGAUGCCAUGAUUCGCGAGUUCCAAGAUGAGAUCACCAGGCUCAAAAUGAAGUUGCAAGAGCGGGCAAACGCAGGGCCUGGUAGCCCACCUCGCGCUCCUGGGGCGCCUGGAGAGCCAGAAGUGAUCGUGGAGAAGGAAGUCGUAGAGGUAGAGAAGAUCAUUGAGAAGGAGGUGGUGGUUCAGAAGGUCGUCCAAUCAGGAAUCACAGAGGAGGAAGUUCAGCGGAUUCAAUGGCAGGUAGAACAGGAGAGGGCGCAGAUUGAGAUGACGGUGGAACAGGAAAGGCAGGCGAUAGAGGCACAAAAGGAGAUGGCCGACCAGGAGAAGCAGCAGCUGCUGGAAGCCUUGGAGGAGAAGCAGCGGCUGCGGGAGGAGAAGGCUCAGCAGCAGGAAAAGAUGCUGCAGCAGCUGAAGGCCAUGGAGGAGAAGAUGCUGGUUGGAAGCCAAGUCAUGGAGAAAGCUAUGCAGCAAGAGGCAGAUCUAAAGAAGGCCGCUAUGGAGGUGGAAGAAAAGAAGCGGCUGGAGCAACGCAUGCAAGAGGAGCUCGAGCAGCAGCAGGAGGACAAGCUCAACCUUGAGGAGAAAUAUGCCUCGACAGAGGAACAGGCAUGGCGGGAAGAUGCAUGCAAGUGUUUGCGCAUGCUGGGUCUGUUCGGGCGUUCGCAUGCCAAGUUGCAGGUGCAAAAGAUGACUGCCAAGCUGGAGAAGCUGUGGAAUCGUCACAAGCAAACACAGCAAGAAGUACAGGAUUUACAGCAUGAGUUCCAAACUGAGCGCGAGGACAUGUUAGAGACCAUCCGCGAGCUGCGGAAAGAAGUCAAGUUGGUGUGUCUCACAAUCGAAAACUUCAUUCCGCUGGAGCACUACCAGCAGAUUGUGGAGCGAGCGCACUAUGAUGAAUCAUCUGAUGAGUGGGUCAUCAACAAUAUCGAUCUAGCUGGCAACCGUGUCCGACGGCGUGGGCGCAUCUUGGACGAUGACGGGGAUGGCAGGCAUGGCAUGCGGCGGACCGGACAAGCAGACGGCAGCCCAGACCCGGUUGCAAUGAUGAACGAGAGGCCCAAUGUUUAUUUUGCGUACACGGAGGAUGGCGGGGCACAACGGGCCGAGACCCGUCCGGUUGCUAAGAACGGGAAAUCCCAGCGCAUGAAGUCAGCUGGCCGUCCGGGCACAGCUUCUCGGAAAGGCCGCGCUGUGAAAGGUGCUGUUACCAACUUCCUCCAUUCCCCGGACCCUGAGGAGGCAGAAGAGGCUGCCUUCCCAAAGGCACGUGGCCUGGUCAGAGCUGGCUACCAGGGCUAG